CGCAUUCACCUGGCUGCUGCACUUCACACUGGUGGUGCCGUACGUGACGCAGGACAAUUGGCUGCUUCACCCCUACCUGAUCAUCUACCUGAAGAACAUCCACCGCCUGAAGCACGCCAGCGAUACGGGCACGUUUGACGAGGAGGGGCGCAUGUACCCAGGGAAGUUCGAGCAGAUCUGGGGUGUGUUGGGCGCCGAGGAGCUGCGCAGCUACGAUGACGUGAAGCGGCUGGUGCGGGCGAACAAGGACGUAGCGGACCCCGUGGGAUGGCUGGCCUCCACCAUCUCCUGGACUCUGCUGUGGCUGGUUGCGCGCGACGAGCGCGGCGUGGUGAGUCGCGAGGCGGUGCGAUCCUGCUACGACGGCACGCUGUUUUACCGCAUUGCGGAGGCGCGCCGCGCACGCGCUCUGGCGUCCAAGUACGAGUGA